UCACAGUAUCACGGUUCCGUGGCGAGAGUGAGGUCGUGCCGACAAUCCAAGCACCGAAGUGUGUGCGUGUGCGUCCGCGAUUUUUGCGCGUGUUUUCCCCAGUUACUUGUUACCGCGUUAUUUUUAUUUGAUUUUUUGGUUCUCUGGAUUUUUAUCAUUUUUCUCCGCAUCGCAUUUUGUUCCGUCAGGCUUUUUGGUCCUUCGUGCCGGACGAGCUUCGACUUUCGAAUUGCUUCGGUCGACUUGCACGUACAUGUGAACAAGACGCCAUGGAUCUUUUAUUAGGAUUGUUGAUGCUUCUCGUUUGUCUAUCUGAAGCUACAGCACAAAGAGUAGGUGCGAUUAAGAGAAACGCAUAUUACGACUUUGGGAGUUACUCGCGACAAACAGUGUCACUCGAGGGUACCAAGAUGAAAUGCGACAUCGAAGGGGAGAUAGUGACACUUCCCAAUUUGGACACGGGCUGCUUCAAAUGCGUCUGCAAGAACGGAUACGUGGAUUGCGGAAUAUGUCCCAAAAUCGACGACUGCUACUUCAUCAUCGAGGACGGAGGAUGCUGCAAAAAGUGCAAAGGUUGCAUCUACAAAGGGGAGUACCACCACAGCCACACGGAGUGGAACGAUCCCGACGAGCCCUGCAAAACGCUGCACUGCGAGGCAGGCGUCGUGACGGAAUCGAACACGAUCUGCCACAUGCCCUGCGUCAACCCGCUGCCCCCCGAGCCGGGAAAAUGCUGUCCCACGUGUCCCGAGUGUAAGAUCAACGGCCAAAUCGCCUCGGAAGACCGCGAGGUGAUCUCCGACGACCCGUGCUUGAAGUGCAGCUGCGCCAACGGACGGAUGACGUGCGCGAAAAAGGCAUGUCCCGUUCUGCAGUGUCCCGUCGCCAACCAGUACGUACCGGACAAGGAAUGCUGUCCGAAAUGCCGCGGCACCAGAAUGAUGUUGCGCAUCGAGAGCUCCUGUACGAUCCAAAGAUCGUUCUUCCGCGAGGGACAUUCCUUCAACAUCGAUAGGUGCACCAAUUGCACGUGCGUCAACGAAACGUCCGUGUGCACGAGGGACGCCUGCCCCAUUUUGGAGUGUCCGCCCGACAUGCAGAAACCGAUUCCGGGCAGCUGUUGCAAGCAGUGCAUCUUCGAGUUCGAGGAGGUGCGCUCCCAGUGCAUGAACGACGGCAAAGUGUACGAGGAAGGUGAUUCGUGGAAGUUAAACGACUGCAGCUCCUGCAAGUGCCAUCAAGGUAAGGCUAGUUGUGCACGGACGAAGUGCACCACCUCCAACUGUCCGCCCGGUACCAAAGAGAAGAAGGUCAAAGGAGAGUGUUGUCCCAGAUGUGAAGAAGAUGACGGAGUGUGUAGGGUGUUUGGUGACCCACAUUAUAAAACCUUCGACGGCAAGUUUUAUAGCUUCAAAGCCAGCGGAAAGUAUCAGUUGGUAGCUGAUUGCAAAAACCGCAGCUUCUACGUCCGAGUUGCCAACGCCAAACAAUACCUGUCGGCUCGUACCAAAAGGGUGGCCAUACGGUUUGGCGACAUCAGAAUAAAUCUCCAGCACAGAAACCGAAUUAAGGUAAACGGUGAAUUAAUACGUCUGCCGUUCAAGAAGGACGGCAAAAUUAAAAUCAGCAAGAACAAGGACAUCGAGGGAGUGGAGGUGAUUUUGGAAAACGGCGUUAAACUGCUGUGGAACGGUCGGAGCUUCCUGGAAGUCAGCGUCCCAUCUUCGUACAAAAACAAGCUUUGCGGCCUGUGCGGCAACUUCAACGGAAACGUCCUCGACGACAUGGAAACCAGACAGAACAAAAUCGUGAACGACACCUCAGUUUUCGCAGCCUCUUGGUGCGUGGGCAAGAAGAACGAAUGCGUCCGUAUAAGACCCACCAAAUCCUGCAACAAACAUCGCAUGACUAAAUCGAAAUGCAACUCCUUGAGUAAUAGUCAGAUUUUCGAAGCCUGCGAAUCGAAAUUGAACUUCAACAACUACCACAAAGCCUGCAUGUGGGACACCUGCAACUGCAGGGAGGAGAAAUGCCAUUGUGAAAGUUUCAUGGCUUACGCCAGGGAGUGCGAGAGAUUGGGGGCCAAGGUGCCCGUGAAUUGGAAGACGAAGGCCUCGUGCGAUGCUAAGAGGAGUUUAGAUUAUAGGAAGGUUAUAGUUUCGAACACAUUCUUCCCGUUUAACGGGACGAUUAAUAGGAAGUUUAACCGGACGAGGCGACCCAUUCCAUUGCAUUAGACGUUUAAAAACGAGAUAACUAGUCAUUUUCAGUAUUUACCAGAGGGGAAAUAGAGUUUAACUGUGUAUAUAUGAUUGAAGUAUUAUCUUGACUUUUUUUUAAUAUGAAAGAUGACAAGCUUUUACCGUUUUUUGCUUGGGUGGCGCAAUAUUAAUCGUCGCGGAUUUCGUGCUCUUUUCCAUGACGUGUUCAGUAUAAGGCUACCAUGAUUGUAUAUAUUGAGGAAUUUCCAUCACUUGGGUUACAAUAGAGUGAUGCCCAUGUACUAAAUGAGUGUUGUAAAAUUACUUUUUAAAUGUCUGAAAUUCGUUCGCCGCACUACAUGACAAUAAAUAUUUAUUAUUUUGUUUUUACUUUUGUACGGUACCUUAUUUAUAAAAUAUUCAUUCCGAAUCUAUGAUUUAAAAAAAAAUUACAAUAUUCUGUACCAAAGACAUUUAUGUACUUGUACUUCAAGAAGAUUUCUUCUUAUUAUUAUUAUUAAUAUUAUUAUUAUUAUUGUUAAUUGUUUAAUUAUUAAGCAGUUAUUUUGUACAUACGUUUUAGUAUCCCAGUUAAUAUUUUAAAUAAUGUUAAAAGAUCUCGAUGUACACCUAAUAAAAUGUAACUUGAAAAAUAAUUAGGUUAUUAAAUUGUUCCUACGCGUAGAAUCUCAGAGAGGAUAUGCUUGUUGUGCUUGAAAACUUACAUCGAAUGCCGCAGCAUCGAAGCAUAUCUGUAUCAAUAAAUAGUUAUUCACUAUUUACAAAAAGUGAUUUAAACUCAAUUUUGAGUUGCAUUUGCAUUUUUUAUAUUAUAUUUAGUUUAAAUACAUGUUUUGUGUAUAUUGUUUAACUAAUAGUGUCUGUAAUUAUAUAAUUUUAGGGUAAUAUUUAUUAAAACAAAAAAUAAUAACAAUAACAAACGCUAUAUAAGCUAUAUUUUAUAUAUUUGUUGUAAAGAUUUUCACAUUUUGUUUAUUGAAUAAAUUUUCAAUU